CUAUAUAAACCUUGGCUUACCAUAAUGUUUGUUAUAUAUAUGUAAAAAAAAAAUACAACUACACCCAUCCCAUCUAUACAGUUGCAUUUUCAGAGUUGUAGUUUUUUUUCCUUAUCCUUAUUUGUGGUCAUUUUCUUCUACAUUUUCCAAGUUAAGCUAAACAUCAUGAACAAAAAUCAGCUACAACGUCAGGUUGCUCUAAUGAGGAGCUCUCUCAUUGAACAGGGGUACCUGGAUGAGCAGCAAUUUCUUCAACUGGAGGAUUUGCAAGACGACGCUAACCCAAAUUUUGUAGAGGAAAUUGUGACACUCUUCUACAAAGACUCACACAGACUUUUCCACAACAUAGAACAAGCACUGAAAAGCAAACCUAUCGACUUCACUAAGCUGGAUAAUUAUAUGCACCAAUUCAGGGGUAGUAACUCCAGCAUUGGAGCUAUGAAGGUCAAGAAUGAAUGCAAUCAAUUUAAAGAAUUUUGUUUGGCAGGAAACGCUGAAGGAUGCAUAAGGGCUUUUCAAAGAGUGAAACAAGAGCAUGAGACUCUAAGGAUGCAGCUCGAAACUUAUUUUAAGUUGAGAAGGCAAGCUGGACUGGCGCAGACUGUUUAAUAAUUUAUAAUAUAUAACAUUACUUAUAAAUUAUGAUGCAAAGGAAGCAACAACGAAGAUUUUGGUUACGAAGAACGCCAUCAUCAUAUGCCAUACUCUUAUACUAUAAUAUACCUAUAUAUAUAGAUAUUUUGUCGUAGUUGCCAAGUGAUGUUGAGAUUAUCUUAACUGUUUUAUGUUAUUUCAAAAUAAUGUGAAUGUUAUAAAUCUCUUUUUCUCUUUUUGAUC